AUGGCUGCAGGCAGGCUUGGGCAGCAGGGGGCGCAUGGAGGGGUGCAGCAAGGCAUGCCGUGGAUGGCAGGGGUGGGGCAGGGCCGUGGGAGCGGUGCCACUGUGCUGCGGGGCUUCUGUGAGGGGCGCGUGGCGCUGGAGGAAUCCAAAUGGUACCCGCCCCCCCACGUGCCCCCUUCCUUCACGCCCCACCACGUCUUCCCCUCCUCCGCUCCCCCCUCCGCCUCACCAGCGCCCUCCGCACUCGCCCCGCCGCCAGCCCCACCCCCGGCGGACGUGGCGGUGCGGGCGGCGGUGGAGGGCGUGGCGGGCAUGGUGGCGCGCUGUGGGGCGCACGUCGAGCCGCUGCUUCUGUCCCGCACGGGGGGAGGGGGAGGGGACGCGCAGGUCGCAGGCGCAAGGGAGGAAGGUGGAGGAGAAGGCAGUGCGCGUGGGGGUGCGCGGCUGGCGUUCCUGGUGGGCGGGGAGGGCAGCGCUUACUACCGGCGACGCGUGUGGGAGCUGAUGGAGAGGCAGAAGGCCGCAGAGGGCAGGGCAGCAGCGCGCAAGGCGGUGGAGAGCAGUGGGGGGGAGCGGCUGGGGCCUGAUGCGCGGGGCGUGCUGCUGGGCGAGCAGCCCUUGCCUUCCUCCCUGCCACCCCCUGCCCUGCCUCCAUCAUCGCACCCCUCAUCCACCUCUGCUGCUCCUCCUGCUGCACCGUCUGCCUCUCCUGCCGCUCCUUCCCCUCCCACGGCACCGGCCUUCCAGCAGCACGGGGCGGCGGCUGAGCUGGCAGCAAUGAUGGCGGCGCGCUUCCACAGCAGCGGGCACGAGGAGCGCGCGGGCAAGGCCGGCAUGAGCAGUGAGGGGGCGGCACUGCCUGCUGGAGCAGACAAAGCAGUGGCAGGGGCGGCAGCAGUGGUGGUGGCUCGGCGGAGGGAGGAGGCGUGGAGGCCGCUGCCUCUGCUGUGCAAGCGAUUCAACCUGCCUGACCCGUACGCGGGCAAGGCCCCUCCCCCCCCUCUCCACCGCCCCUCCCAGCUCGACACCCUCACCUCCUUCCCCCAAACCCUCCCCUCCGCCGCACCAGCCCCCACUGCUGCCCCCUCGUCUCUCCUCUCUCUCCCUGCUCCUCCUCCCGCUGCGCCUGCCAUGCGUCCUGGGCGUGAUGGGGGGAUGGAGGGGCGCGAGGAGGGACACACGAGGGAAGCGAUUGGGGGAGGGAAGGAUGAUACAGGGCGAGAGAGAGGGGAGAGCAAGGAAGCGUGGCCCCCUCCCGCCUGCUCUCAUCGCCUGCUCUCAUCGCCUGCUCUCAUCGCCUGCUCUCAUCGCCUGCCUUCCCAUCGCCUGCCUUCCCAUCGCCUGCCUUCCCAUCGCCUGCCUUCUCAUCGCCUGCCUUCCCAUCGCCUGCCUUCCCAUCGCCUGCCUUCUCAUCGCCUGCUCUCAUCGCCUGCCUUCCCAUCGCCUGCCUUCCCAUCGCCUGCCUUCCCAUCGCCUGCCUUCUCAUCGCCUGCCUUCCCAUCGCCUGCCUUCCCAUCGCCUGCCUUCCCAUCGCCUGCCUUCCCAUCGCCUGCCUUCCCAUCGCCUGCCCUCCCAUCGCCUGCCUUCCCAUCGCCUGCCUUCUCAUCGCCUGCCUUCCCAUCGCCUGCCUUCUCAUCGCCUGCCUUCUCAUCGCCUGCCUUCCCAUCGCCUGCCUUCCCAUCGCCUGCCUUCCCAUCGCCUGCCUUCCCAUCGCCUGCCUUCCCAUCGCCUGCCUUCCCAUCGCCUGCCUUCCCAUCGCCUGCCUUCCCAUCGCCUGCCUUCUCAUCGCCUGCCUUCCCAUCGCCUGCCUUCUCAUCGCCUGCCUUCCCAUCGCCUGCCUUCCCAUCGCCUGCCUUCCCAUCGCCUGCCUUCCCAUCGCCUGCCUUCCCAUCGCCUGCCUUCCCAUCGCCUGCCUUCCCAUCGCCUGCCUUCCCAUCGCCUGCCUUCCCAUCGCCUGCCUUCCCAUCGCCUGCCUUCCCAUCGCCUGCCUUCCCAUCGCCUGCCUUCCCAUCGCCUGCCUUCCCAUCGCCUGCCUUCCCAUCGCCUGCCUUCCCAUCGCCUGCCUUCCCAUCGCCUGCCUUCCCAUCGCCUGCCUUCCCAUCUCCUGCCUUCCCAUCGCCUGCCUUCCCAUCGCCUGCCUUCCCAUCGCCUGCCUUCCCAUCGCCUGCCUUCCCAUCGCCUGCCUUCCCAUCGCCUGCCUUCCCAUCGCCUGCCUUCCCAUCGCCUGCCUUCCCAUCGCCUGCCUUCCCAUCGCCUGCCUUCCCAUCGCCUGCCUUCCCAUCGCCUGCCUUCCCAUCGCCUGCCUUCCCAUCGCCUGCCUUCCUAUCGCCUGCCUUCCCAUCGCCUGCCUUCCCAUCGCCUGCCUUCCCAUCGCCUGCCUUCCCAUCGCCUGCCUUCCCAUCGCCUGCCUUCCCAUCGCCUGCCUUCCCAUCGCCUGCCCUUAUAUUUAUCCUCCUUUUCUAA